AUGGUCCAACACAUCGAACCGGUGAUUCCACCGCCACCGGGAAUCACCUCCAACUUUGAGAAUCCGCAAGAUGCCUUGCACACGGUGAAUAAGGUCACCCAGAUCCUGUGUCUAGUGGUCACCACGGUGGUGGUGAUCAUUCGUGCGCUUGUCCGCAUACACUUGCACCGGAGCCUCAACUUGGAAGACUAUGCAACCUUUGCUGGAUGGGCCAUGUUUACGGGAUUCUGUGCCUGUAUGCUCGUGCUCAACAAGCAUGGAGGCGGAUAUCAUGGCUGGGACGUCCCGAUGAGCAGCCUCAUCAGCUUUCAAAAGGCCUCCUAUGCCACCACCAUCAUUUACGUCCCGAUGGUCUUCACAGUUAAACUGGCCCUCCUGUCAGUCAUGCUGCGCAUCUUCGCCCCCGACCGCAAGAAGGUCAUCGUCAUUUAUAUCAGUCUGGCGAUUCUGGUGUGCUACUACGUCCCAGCGCUCUUCAUCAAGGUGUUCUUCUGCCGCCCUGUGUCGGCGUACUGGCUCGGUACCGACAACGGCGGCACUUGCAUCGACCAGCAGAAGGUGAUCAUCGCCGACUCGGCCAUCAGUAUGAUCAGCGACCUGUGGAUUCUGGUCCUGCCCAUUCCCAUGCUGUGGUCAUUGAACAUGACCGUCGUCAAGAAGCUGCGCGUUAUUGGCAUGCUCGGGGCUGGUGGUCUGGCCACGGCAUUUAGUAUUUGGCGACUGCAGAUCAUGGUGGAUGAAGGCAAGACGCCGGAUGUAACGUACUUCUGGAUUCGAGCGGUGUUGACUGCAAACGCCGAAGCCGGCAUCGGACUCAUCUGCGCUUGUCUCCCAGCCAUGAGCGCACUUUUUGCCACCGUCAAGAACAAGAGCAGUCAAGACGCCAAGAACAGCUACCUACGCUCCCACGAGCUGGACCACUGGCAGAAGAUCUCGACGCAGAAGCGAAGCCGCGCGGACAGCUUCUCGUACGUUGGGAACCCGCAUACCGACCAGGCGCAUCUGAUCUCGACGGCGCAGGGCGCGGACCACGACAGCACGUGGGCGCCCAGCGAGGCGUCGCAGAAGGGGAUGGCCGAUCGGCCGGUCAUCCAUAAAGAUGUGACCGUGUCGCAGAGUUAUGAAUUUGUGAAAUAG